AUGAAGGCUUCUCUCGCUCUCUCUGUCCUGGCAUGUGCCAUUUCAACCGCAGCUACAAGCAUCCACCACCGCCGGGCCGACAACUACCUCCCUGCUGCCGGUAUUCCCAAGGCCGGCUAUAAUGCCUAUGGAGGAAACUAUGAUCAUCCCGACACCAACAAGUACCAGCCUGUCGGUCAGAAGCAGACGUCUUCCAGCUCUGGCUCUACCACUAGCAAGAACACGGACAAGAAGGCGACUACUCAGGCUGCAAAGUGCAUAUCAAAGGGCAAGCUAGAGUCCAUCGUCAAUAAAUACGUGUCUACCUUUUCAGGUAUCACAGACGGCGGAACUCUCGCAAAGACUAUCUUCAACGACGAUGUCAAGUUCUAUUCGCAGUCUAUCUGGUGGACGGCUUCGUCCAGCAAGAUCAACAAGUACGCCAAGAACGACAACUAUCCUCCUGUCUUCAAGAAUCUUAAAGAGCUUAUCGCGGGAAACAUUGAAAAGACCAACGACCCCAGUGCUUUCAUCAAGGGUCCCGUGGCUUACGGCUGCAACACCUUUACCAUUUACUGGAAGGGUGACUUUGAGGUUCCCAAAGGCAGAAACCAUGGUCGCGGCAAUGGCAUCGACUUGGUCUUCUUGAGUCCUGCGACUGGCAAGAUCAAGAAGGCUUACUCCGAGUACAACACUCUGAACCAGGUUUACAACUGGGGCGCCCACAUCACCUGGGCCAAGGACGACGUUUGCUGUGAUUGUCCCGUGGUGUUUGAUGACAAGUGCAAGUGUACCAAAUAA